ACCAGUGCCACAGACAGCCUGGAUGCCCAGGCACCAACAGUGUUCCCUUCGCAUAUAACGUGAGGAACGCUGAGCUUCUCGCUACUGCUGCCCUGAGUGAGCUCAAUUCACCCAGAGCAUUGCACUGACCAGGAGGUGCGUCGCACUUAUCACAUCUGAGGAUCUGCUGAAGUUUUGAAUCAACAGUGCUCCUUUUUUUAAUUUGAAAAAAAUCCCUUACGUUCUGCUAAAAACAAAAGAAAAACAUUGCAAUGGAGCUACUCGCCCAGCCCUGCAUUGAUCUAGCUGCCAACGGGUCCCAGCUCUGCCAGACUAGCCUGACCACCAUGAAUUCCAGCCUGGGCUCAGCCAACUGGUCAUAUCUCUGCAUCAACUCGAGCUCGAACCCGUGUAACGGCACCGAGAACGUCCCUCUGAGCAAGAGUUCGGCUUCAAUCAUCAUCGCCAUCAUCAUCACUGCUCUUUACUCCAUUGUCUGUGUGCUGGGACUGGUGGGCAACGUCCUGGUCAUGUAUGUGAUUGUCAGGUACACCAAAAUGAAAACAGCCACCAAUAUCUAUAUUUUCAACCUUGCUCUGGCUGAUGCUUUGGCCACCAGCACACUGCCUUUCCAAAGUGUCAACUACCUGAUGGGAACCUGGCCCUUUGGGAAGCUGUUGUGCAAGGUGAUCAUGUCCAUCGAUUAUUACAAUAUGUUCACCAGUAUAUUCACCCUCACCACCAUGAGCAUGGACCGCUACAUUGCUGUCUGCCACCCAGUUAAAGCUCUGGAUUUUCGCACACCACGGAAUGCCAAGAUCGUCAACGUUUGCAUCUGGAUCCUGUCCUCGGCUAUUGGGCUUCCCGUGAUGUUAAUGGCAACUACAAGGUUUGACAGUGUUUUAGGAGUAACCGAUUGUACACUGAAAUUCCCACACCCUUCCUGGUAUUGGGAUAACCUCCUGAGGAUCUGCGUCUUCAUCUUUGCCUUCGUUAUGCCAGUCCUGAUCAUCACUGUGUGCUAUGGCCUGAUGAUCCUGCGCCUGAAGAGUGUCCGCAUGCUCUCUGGCUCAAAGGAGAAGGACAGGAACCUUCGGAGGAUUACCAGGAUGGUCCUUGUGGUGGUGGCUGUCUUCAUCAUCUGCUGGACGCCCAUCCACAUCUACGUCAUCCUCAGGGCCCUGGUGAAGAUCCCAUCCACCCUCUUUGCGGCAGUGGCCUGGCACUUCUGCAUUGCCCUGGGCUACACCAACAGCUGCCUCAACCCUGUCCUCUAUGCCUUCUUGGAUGAGAACUUCAAGCGGUGUUUCCGGGAGUUCUGUGUGCCCACUUCCUCAACCAUUCAGUACCAAAGCUCCAACCGGGUUCGGAACCACAUCCGGGAGCUGCCAUCCACCAUCCACACGGCUGAUAGGACUAACCACCAGGUAUGACUAGGCAUGCAGAUGUCCCUAGAAUCCCACUCGCACCAGGGAGAGGACCUCAACUCAGAACUCACCCAAAUCACAACAGGACUGUAACACGGGAAAGACAGCCAUUUGGGCUUCUGAGCUAAUGCCCAAUACUUGAUUGUUGCCAGCGAUUUCUCAUUAAUUAACAGAGAAAAUCUUGCAAUGGGAACCACAAUCCUGUCCCUUCAUAUUAUUCCUACCCCAGCCGCACCCACAUCCCUCCAAAUUUUCUUCCUCUCCUUUUCUGAACUGUGGCACUGGCGUGUAAUCCAAUAUCCAUUGCGAGUGGCUUUCCCUGCACAUCAUCCAAAUGUCGCUCCUUCAUAUGCCAAUAGUUACAAUAGAGUGUUCAACCAUGUGGGUCUGUUCUCAUGCCAGAAUUUCUGCCACAAGAAUGUCAGGUUGAAUACUGGAAAUCUAUCAGAAACAGGAACUCUGGCUGAUACCAAUCUUUUCACCCUGCUUCAUCCUACAUUCCACCCACCCCCACCGUCCCCAAGCCCCUGUCGAUAAACUGUGGAAUUCCCAUUAUAACUCCCUGUCUAUACUCAGUUAACGGAGUACAGGUUUUAGGCUAAAUGUCCAUGGGGUCUUACCUACCAUGUGCUGAGUUCAGUUUCACAGCACAUAUUUUUUAUAUUACUGGACCAGCAGAAAAGCUAUGCCUGUUGGCUUUUAACAUUUGCAAACCUUUAUGUCGUUUGCUACUUUGUCCUUCGACUCCAGGAAUAUUUGCUCCUUUGUUUCGGAUCCUUAUGUAACAGCAAAUCUCACCCCCCCCCCGCCACUGCAUCCCAAAACCUGCCCAGCUCGUCCCCACCUCCCUAACCUGUUCUUCCUCUCACCUAUCCCCUCCCCCCACCUCCAGCCGCACCCCCCAUUCCCUACGUACUAACCUCAUCCCGCCCCCUCGACCUGUCCGUCCUCCCCGGAUUGACCUAUCCCCUCCAUACCUCCCCACCUAUACUCUCCUCUCCACCUAUCUUCUCCUCUAUCCAUCUUCGGGCCGCCUCCCGCUCUCUCCCUAUUUAUUUCAGAACUCUCACCCCCUCCCCCUUUUCUGAUGAAGGGUCCAGGCCUGAAACGUCAGCUUUUGUGCUCCUAAGAUGUUGCUUGGCCUGCUGCGUUCAUCCAGCCCCACACUUUGUUAUCUUGGGCUCUUCCACCUUGGUUGAGGUGAACCUGAUCCAUUCUAAGGAGGGAAAAUGCAGGUCCUCAGUGGUAACUUGAUUUCUAGCAUGCAAUGCCAACUAAAUUAUAUGUACUCUGAAGGGAACAGAACAGAGAUAAUAUCCUGAAAAUGUUCUUUUUUAAUAGCAGAAGGCCUUCAGUCUCAACAUUUGCUCGUGAAAUGUGAACCCUCCAGGUGAACUAUAAAGUUGGAGCUUUCUCAUUGAAAUAGCCUCUGUAUCCAGUGAGUGAUGGAAAUGACUGAAACAGGUUAAAUCCCUGGUCUGGAGGAGACAGUGGCCUAAUAGUAAUGUACUGUACGAGCAAUCUCGAGGUCCAGGUUAAUGACAAGGGGACAUGGGUUCAUAUGCUACUUUAAACUUUUUUAAUCAAUCUGGAAUGAUGGUGACCAUGACAACUAUUAUGGGGUGUUGUAAAAACACACCUGGUUCACUACUGUCCUUUAUAGAAGGAAACUUGGCAUCCUUAUCCAGGCUAGCCUGCAUCUGACCACAAUCCCAUAACAAUAAUGUUUAACUGUCAAAUAUCCCUCAGUUCAAGGGCACUUAGGGAUGGGCAACAAAUCCAGUAAUACCAUAUCUGAUGAAAGAAACAAAAAGGGAAGUCUUUUCAUCUGUGACAGGCAUGGAGAAACUAUAGUGGGUCUCAGUGCCCCAAGGUUUGGAUUAAGGAAGAGAGAAGGGCUGGUAAUCUGUAAUGGAACUCGGUGAAUGUGGGCUUAAACUCAACUGUGACAAAUCCAUGCCACACCCACCUGCUCAUUGAAUAGUUUUCCAGCUCUCACAGUCACAGUUUAUCACAGGUGUGAAACAUUCAGAGGAAAGAAGCGCAGCAAAUACCAAGGCUUACCUGAAACAAGAGGCCAUUUGGAAGAAGAGAAGACAGAAAAUGUUGUUGUACAUCAUCUUGUGGUUCAUGACUCACAAUGAGGUUAAAUAUAACGUGUUCAUGUUUCUGUUCAAUUCUUUGCACCCACUUCCUUUGUGUUCCUCAUAAUCGGCACUUACCCGUGUGCAAUAAACAGGCUUUUGACUUCAUUGAAACAAUGCACAAGCAAUUAUGACAUAAACAUAUUAAGGAAAUUCUUCAAAAUAACAUGAUUGGGAGGAGAGGGAUUAUUAUAUUGUUUGCUAUGCUCAUUAUUAAAUUUCUUUCUGUACAUUAAUCACAACACCAUUGAAUUUAACUAUUCCAUUUUCACCAGUAGCUCAGUGGUUAACAUUGCUGCCUCACAGCACCAGAGGCCAAGUUCAAUUCCACCCUUGGGUGACUAUGUGGAGUUUGCAUGUUUUCCCGUGUCUGCAUGGGUUUCCUCUGGGUCCUCUGGUUUCCUCCCACAGUCCAAAGGUGUGCAGGUUAAUUGGAUUGGCCAUGCUAAAUUGCCUAUAGUGUACAGGAAUGUGCAGGCUAGGUGGUUUAGCCAAGGGCUACUGGGGUGGGGUCUGGUUGGAAUGGUUUUCAGAGGUUUGGUAUGAACUUGGUGGAGUGAACGGCCCGCUUCAACACUGUAGUGAAUUAUGAUUCUAUGAGCUGUCCCUUACCGUGUGUUUAGAAAUUAAUGCCUUUUGGUAUGUUCUGUGUUCUCCUUGUUCCAGCUUUCUAUCUUUAUCCGUUGCAUUUCAGACACUUAAUGUUCCCCAUUGACAAUUUUUCUUCUUAAUGUUUUAGUCUCUCGCAAUCUUGCCACAAGCCUUCCUCUUCAGAACUCCCACCUGUAAUCACUCACCUCUUUUGAUGUUAGUUGGUUGACACUGUUCUCUUACUUUGUUAAUAUUGAAGCACAUUCACACAUAACAACAGUGAUACAUCAUCAUUCAUUGCUUGAGAAAGAGAGUGGAAAGGCUGUUCUUUCUCAGAGUUACUCCAUUACUCAACACCUGUGCAGCCCCUAAUGUUUGAAACAAAAACAGAAAUUGCUGGCAGUCUGGCAGCAUCUGUGGGAAGAAAGCAGAGUUAACAUUUCGAGUCCAGUGACUCUUCAGCAGAACUGAUGAAACGUUAACUCUGCUUUCUUCCCACGGAUGAAGCCAGACCUGCUGAGUAUCAUCAGCAAUUUCUGUUUUUGUUUCAGAUCUCUGGCAUCCACAGCUCUUUACCUUGUUUCAGCCCUUCGUGUUUGUCUGGCCCACUUGAUUGGAGCCAGACUACCAUUGCUUUGUCAUAUUAAUACAGUCCAAAACAGUUGGUGAAGUAAAAUACUUAAAUACUAAUACUUUUCUUGGCAUUACAUUUAUUUACAGAAUAUAGCCUCACAUAUGUCUGCUUCCCAUCUACCAAUGCAGUGUCACCUCAGUCUCUGUUUAUAAUGUAUCAUCAAUAAAUAUUAACAAUAUAAAUAACAAGCCAUUAGUAACUAAAACCCUGUCUUUUUCAAUUAUAGUGCCCUACAAUAAAAUAAGCUAACAAAGUUACAAGAAAUUAAUUUUGACCUGGUACCAGAAGGCAAUAAAUAGGAAACAACAACACAAUGUACUCUAGGUACUGAAAAGAAAAUACUGAAAUAAUAACACAAGAGCGGUUUCUUGCAGUAUGGAACAUGAGCAUUGCUUUAACAAAAAAUGCUGCAGAAAGAUUUUGUCUUGCAGCCAUCAGGACAGAUGCGAGAAUUUCAAAGGGGUCAACAAUUUAAAUUGCAUAAGAAACAGGGUGCUGUUUGGUAAACAAACCAGAGUCCAUUUGCCAACCAAUCAGCACCCUGUUCCUCACAUAGGAUGGGAACCGUUGCUCAGUUCAAACUGUAUUUCCAUUUUGCUUCCUAUUAAAGACCAAAUUAACCAUGAAAUUAGAUAUUUGCUUUAGAGAAGGUGUAACAGAAUUUCACUAGAUUUCUUUCUGAAAUUGUUCCAGUCAGAAAGCGUGACUUUGGAAUUCUCAGCCUUCAAUACACUCAAUGACUGAGCAUCCACAUUUGGGUGUCGAGGUUGAUAGGUUUAUGGCCACAAAGGGCAUUACAGAAUAUGGAGACAUUGUCAGAAAGUGGGGUUGAGACUGACGAUGAGCCAUUGCCAUCUUGAAUGUUACAGCACAAUUGAAAGACUGAAUGGUCUCCUCUUGUUCCCAUUUCCUAUGUUCUGAUAUCAACAGACAGUUAACUUAUGGGUUCACAUAUUCAUACUUUACACAUUAAAUUUCUAGCAAUGCCAAUAUUCAUAUUUUUCAUAAGUCACCUUUGCCACACUGAAUACUCUAAACAUUUAACUAAAUAUCAAAAAGAAACAGAAAAUAUUAGACAUACACAGCAGGUCUGUUGGUAUUGGAAACAAGGAAAAAAACUAUAAUUAGGGAUCAAACACACUAUCACAUCUAUAACUAUCUCACCGUUCCUUCACGGUUGCUGGGUCAAAAUCCUGGAACUCCCUCCCUUACAGCAUGUUGACCUACCGACAGCACAUGGGCUAUAGCAGUUCAAGAAGGCAGCUCCCCACUACCUUUUCAAGGGUAACUUGGGAUGGAAAAGAAAUGCUGGCCCAGCCAUUAUUAGACAGUUUAUUUUUCUCUACUCAUUCUUGAAAUAGUACCAUCGAUGGGAAGGAGUCCAAUAGAAUUCCCAAACAACGGUAACAGAAGAUGUUGAUAUUUGAUUUUGACACAGUAGCUUUUUUCAGACUAAGGUUCAGGACUGUGAAUUACCAAACUGAAUUCUGUUUUAUUGGUGAUGUGUUCCGAUUUGUAAUAGAAACAAAUGACUAUUAACACUGGACCCACUAAUUUUGUAUAUUAAUAUCUGUACUUUUCACAAUUCAAUG